AUGAUUUAUUAUGUCUGUGAUUUGAUUACUAACAGUUGUUUAGCUCUUCCCACGGUGUACGAAGGGUUGCCGGCGAAGCGCAACGGGGAAAACGUCAUGACAUAUUUGCACAAGCAGCUCUUGCAAAAGCACGACCCCACCGGCAAGCGGCGGGCUCUUGUCGACCGGACCAACGGGUUGAGAGCCGGCGACAUCAUCAAGGUCACCUACAUGGACCGGACCGACGUCGUGGGGCAGAUCAUCGCCAUCAAGCGGGGCCAGACGAACUUGGGCACCAACAUCCUCAUCAGAAACAAGAUUACUCGGGUCGGGUGUGAAGUACGCAUCCCUCUCUUCUCGCCGAAGUUGAGAAACGUCGAGUUGUUGCACAAGCCCAAGCAGUACAACCUGCGGAGCAAGCAGUACUACAUCCGCAACUCGAAGCGGGACGUCGACGACUUGGAGGCCUUCGUCAAGCGGAAGCACAAGAAGGACACCCAAAAGAAAUAG